AUGGUUUGCUCUACAUGUAUGAAGUUUGCUAGCAGCUAUCACUGGUGGGUGUGUUUUUGAUCAACAGCGCCUCUUCAUGGACAAAACAUACCCGAAACUGUCAAAAUUAAACAAAUAGCGUGAGAGUUUCAUCUAAAACUGCUACAAAGUGAGACAACACAACGUACAAUGAUACGUAUUUCGCUUACAGCCUCAUAAAGGCUCUUUGUUUUGACAUUAGCUUCGCACAGGCGUUAGCUUAUGUGAUGCUGAGCUGCUAGCGCGAGCAGCUAACGCUGGCUAGCUAGCUGACAGCCGCAGCAUGAAGUGAUUGCGCUGAGAAAGAAAACGCCAAAUCAUUUUCUUAUUUUUAGAGUUCAUGCUAGCCACCCGAGCAGCUGGGGUGGGCUUCACUCUAAUAACUGUGUCCAAAACGAUGACCUCUGUGGCAGCGACGACAUCCUCUGAGCCUCGGGGGCUGCAUGCCUCAGCCAGCCGGGAUGCACGCUCUGGGAGCCCGCGGCAGAGGCUCCAGAGGCUGGUGGCGGUGCCUGGAUGCGACCCGAGCCGAGUUAACGACCUGCUGCUCCUCCGGCCUGAUGCAGACGGCCAGACCGCUUCAGGACCAAAGGAGAGGAGCAGUAACAGACAUGUUGUGUUCUUCCACGGGGAUAUUCAGAACUUCCAGGAUGAGAUGGCCCUGCAGCCUGAGGGAUCCCAGUGGCUCUGCUGGAGUCUGGAGCAGGUCGCCCUCAUCCUGGGCCGGCGUUUCCCGGACCGACAUGUCUGGGUGGUCCGAGCUUCCCGCAUGUAUCUGCACAAGUUCAGCUGCUACCACAACUUUGUGGAGAGCAACAUGUUCGGGGCACCGGAGCACACGCCGUACUCACGUGACUUUGGAGCGUUUUGGCACCUCAGGGCCCUGCUGAGCCACGCCAUGGAGCGAGCCAACCUACCAAACCCCCUCCAGCCACAAGGAGGCGCUGACAGCAUCCCCUCAGGGUUCUCACUGACGCUGGUGGGCUUUAGUAAAGGCUGCGUGGUCCUGAACCAGAUAGUGUACGAGCUGUCCGGGGCCCGCGUGGACCCGCUGUUGUCCCACUUUACCAAACGCAUCACCGACAUGUACUGGCUGGACGGCGGCCACCCGGGAGGCAGCGAGACCUGGGUGACGGACAAGCAGGUGCUGAAGCAGCUCGCCUCCAGCGGCGUGUCGAUUCACGCCCACGUGACCCCUUACGAAGUGUGUGACCCGAUGCGGGCCUGGGUGGGGCGUGAGUAUGGAUGUUUCAUUAAGACCCUUGAGGAGUUUGGGGCGUGUCCAAGUAAGAAGCUGCACUUUGAGGACGAGCCCCCCUGCAUCGAGAACCACUUCAGGGUCAUUCAGGAGUUCUGAGGUUGAUUUUCGAGCACAUGAGAUGCAACAAGCGUGAGGUGAUGACCUUAAUGUUACUGAGCGCUUUGGAUUAUUUAUUAAGGAUUCAGAUUGAUUGUCUUAUUCGCUGGUCUUACCUCAUUUUUCUGUGAUUUAAGGGCUCAGAAUUUAGAGCAUGUGACAGAUGCUGGUGAGCUGCCCUUUUUCCUGCUGAAUGCACUUGAUUUAAGUUUGAACGAUCCUGCCUGGAAAUGUUCUUCCUUCUUCCUUCUUCCUCAUUCUUCAGACUAAAUGUGACAUUUCGCUUUAUUAUAUUAUUAGAAUUAUCUGACAAUUAUCUGAUAAUUGUCCAGCCAAGUCCUGAACUCAAAAGACUCUAAAUUUACUGUCAUAAAUGUCAGAGCAGCAAAUCCUGACAUUCAAGAAGCUGCAACAAGGAGUUCAAAAAAGACAACAUAAAUGAUUAAUCAAAUAAUUGGUUUUGGUUUGAUUGACUAAACGUUGCGGUUAUGUAAGAGCCACUGAUUUGGAAACAGGAGUGAUUCGUGUUGUUCGCUAUUUCGUCUUGCUAAUUUAAGGUAGAUGCUGUAACAAAGUGUAAUAAUGUGACUUUAAAUUUCUGCCGUGAUUUUAAAGUUAAUGCACGUUUGGCUGAGGCACAUCAGCUCUUUACAUUCUCCUCGUACCUGCACUUGUGUUGACACGUGAAUGUCUGUAUGUCUGAGCAGUUUCAGACUCCACCUGAUCUCUCAGAGACUUGAUUGUAUUUAAAGUGUUUGGCCAAAUAAUGAAUGGUUAGUUGGUUGGGAUGUUAAGAA